AUGCCUUCAAAACAAUGCCACACAACACCAACAAGUGUUGUGAACGAUCGUAUGAAGGCAAAGAACGAAUUUUCUUUCAUGAUCAAUGAUUUUGGAGUUGAGUUUUUUGUUGGUUAUUUUAUGGCAGAGUUUUUUCAUCCUAAAGAGUUGAUUAUGAAUUUUACAAUUUUGAAUCGAAAUAUGAGAAAAUUAAUUUUACAAAAUUCAAAAUUGUGGAAAAAACAAUUUGAAUACAUGUAUCCUAACUUGAUUGGACUGAUUGAGGAUUGGAUUCAGAUGAAAUUGUGGAAUGAUGAGAGAGAGGAAAGAAUAAGGACCUUUUUGAAAGAUGAUUCGUUUUGGUUUAAGGACUUAUUUUCGAAUACUGUUAGAAAAGUGGAAGAAAGGGAUUUUAAUAUUGUCAAGAUAAGUUGUAAAAGUCAAAUGGUUCAUUUUAUGAGCUCAAUCAUCAUGGAUCACAUGUUUUGUGAAACUAAUUUCAAUUCUGAAUAUACAUGGAAUCAGAAUUCGUUAUCCAGUUUCAAAUAUCACAGAGUACAAUAUUCCAUCUAUUUGAAAAUAUUCAAACUUUUCUACUUGUUGACUGAAACAAGACAAUUAGGAAAUACUAACAACACAUUCUUAAUGGAUAUUAUCAAUCAAGUUAAUCUACCAAACAAGAGCAUUAAGAGGCUAUUCAAGAAUUUGGUAACUGAUUUGAAUUUUAAGAGCAGUUGUCCAUGUUCUGCCUAUUUUCUGUUUUCGAGAGGAUAUUCUGGUAAAGAUAGAUUUUUGAGAGAGGAACAAGAGGGUAUACAUUCACUUCCAUAUGUGGAUUUUAGUAUGGAGACAGGGUUGCCAGGACCAUCUUUUAGGGUUUAUCCACAUGUUCCAUUGGAUAAGAUUGAUUCUGAGGUGAAGGAAUUUGAUUGUACUAUUGUUUCAACGGAUGAGGAAUAUUCAUUGGUCUAUCCAAGAGAUUCUAACAGGAUGAUAUCAUUGUUUGAAAGUUAUUGUGCCUCCAUUGAUGAAACAUAUUAUUCAUUCGUGAUUACUGGCUUAUUGGAAAGAUAUUUAGGACUAGAUAGUUAUAUUGGCUAUGUGAAAGACCAGACAGUUUUUCAUCACCACUUUAGAAGAAGUAAAUGUGUGAAUCCAAGUACAAGCGCAAGAAUUUACUUUCAAUCACAAGUUGACAAGUACGCAAAACAUGUAUUUGAAAGUUUCAAAGGUAAUGGAAUUAGUGAGGAAUUCAUUUGUAACCAAUUGGCUAAGUUCCCAUCCAAGAGUGAGGUUGAACAUUUACUUCAGACACCUGUUACCAAGCUAUUCGAAAGUGUUUCAAAUCCCAAUGAUGCCAAUGAGUAUAUGAAAAAUUUUGAAUCUCAAAGAACAAAACUUAAAAAUUCAUACAGAGGAACUUUUAAAGUGGAUGGUUUCUUAAUCAGAGCAAUUGAUAAGUGUUUGAGAAGAUAUUUAUAUUUAUAUGUUUUCUGUGAGCCAACUCUUUCAGAUGCAACAAAAUCAUGCAGUUUCACUUCUAGUAAGUUUUCAAAACUCUUUUCACACUUUUUCUUUCACAUGGGAAUAGUUCAAAAACCAGUUUACAAUCAAAUGAAAAAUAUUGUAUAUCCCAUAUAUGUAAUGCUCCUACCACACGUUUCAAACUUGAUUUCCUUCAGAAUUGAACAAUUUAUUGGAAAACUUUCGAAUGAAGAAUUGAGAGAAAAACAGCAAGCCAUUCUCAAUGGUCUUGAUCAUUGUUUUGAACAAUUGAACUUUUUAAACGUUCCCCUCAUAGAUCUCUCAGAAUAA